ACGAUGGAUGCCCUGAGACUGGCAAAUUCAGCUUUUGCUGUUGACUUGUUCAAACAGCUAUGUGAGAAGGAGCCACUGGGAAACAUCCUCUUCUCUCCAAUAUGUCUCUCAACUUCCCUGUCGCUUGCUCAAGUGGGUACCAAAGGUGACACAGCAAAUGAAAUUGUUCAGGUGCUUCAUUUUGAGAACGUCAAGGAUGUACCCUUUGGGUUUCAAACAGUCACUUCUGAUGUAAAUAAGCUCAGUUCCUUUUAUGCUUUGAAACUCAUCAAGCGACUCUACAUAGACAAAUCUCUGAACCCUUCUACAGAAUUUAUCAGUUCUACAAAAAGACCAUAUGCAAAAGAAUUGGAAACUGUCGACUUCAAAGAUAAACUGGAAGAAACAAAGGGUCAAAUUAAUAGCUCUGUUAAGGAGCUCACAGAUGGCCACUUCGAGAACAUUUUAUCGGAGAACAGUGUAAGUGACCAGACCAAAGUCCUCGUGGUUAAUGCCGCCUACUUUGUUGGAAAGUGGAUGAAGAAAUUUCCUGAAUCAGAAACAAGAGAGUGUCCAUUCAGAGUCAACAAGACAGACACCAAACCGGUACAGAUGAUGAAUCUAGAGGCCACGUUCUGUUUGGGCAACAUCGAUGACAUCAACUCGAAGAUCAUAGAACUCCCCUUCCAGAAUAAGCACCUGAGUAUGCUCAUCGUGCUACCCAAGGACAUAGAGGAUGAGUCCACAGGCUUGGAAAAGAUUGAAAAGCAACUCAACCCAGACACACUGUUGCAGUGGACCAACCCCAGCACCAUGGCCAAUGCCAAAGUCAAACUCUCCCUCCCAAAGUUUAAGGUGGAAAAGAUGAUUGAUCCCAAGGCCAGUCUGGAAAGCCUGGGGCUGAAAAGUCUCUUCAAUGAAAACAUAUCUGAUUUCUCUGGCAUGUCAGAGACCAAGGGAGUGGCCCUAUCAAAUGUGAUUCACAGGGUAUGCCUAGAAAUAACUGAAGAUGGUGGUGAGUCCAUUGAGGUGCCAGGAUCCCGCAUUUUGCAGCACAAGGAUGAAUUCAAUGCUGACCACCCAUUCAUCUAUAUCAUCAGACACAACAAAACACGAAACAUCAUUUUCUUUGGCAAAUUCUGUUCUCCGUAAGUGGCAGGGCUCUGCCAAGUCUCAGGUAGCUUGUCUGUAGUUGCAGAUCUCUGUAAACUUUGUAUGCAGACAAUUGUUUUCUAUACAAUAAAUUGUUAAUUUUGCUGAAUCAGGAAA